AUGGCUCCCAAAUCCGCGACGGCCACGCCAGUCAAGGCGCCAGGUCAGGCCAAGGCCAGAGCCGGCGCAAACGACAGCGGCAACGCAGUCGAGACACUAUGGAAAGCAUAUGUGGACACGACACCCAGCCGGCUCAAGUUCAUCGACUCCUUCCUCGUGUUCCUAAUGCUCUCCGGCGUCAUGCAGUUCCUAUACUGCAUUCUCGUUACCAACUUUCCCUUCAACGCAUUCUUGGCCGGAUUCUCGAGCAAUGUCGGCCAGUUUGUGCUCACGGCGUCGUUAAGGACGCAGGUCAACCCAGAAAACCGAGCUUUAUUCAAGAGCGUUUCGCCAGAGCGUGCAUUCGCGGACUUUGUACUCGGAUCCAUUGUUCUCCAUUUCUUCGUGUUCAACUUCCUCGGUUGA